AAUACGUUCUAGAGUCUCCGAACAGAGAGGACCAUGGCGGACGCCAAGCAGGCGAGCGCCAUGUUGAGUUGGCUGAACGUUGCCCUCCGUGUUCUCCUGGUCAUCAUGGCUCUCAUGACGGGAAGACUGCUGUACCAGCGAGAUCCGACCUCAACACUCACUAAACGUCAAAUGGAUCUCCAUAAUGGUGCCCAGGUAGCUCAUCAGGAGUCAGUACAGAAAAGCCCCAACUCAUCAGACGUUGGCAUCUCUCUCAGUUUGGUACACGACAUCGUACUGUGGAGGAGUCACAGGCGGGGCGAGGUCGGUAUAUUCCGGGUUCCAGUUCUCACGUACACCCCCAAAGGAAACCUGGUAGCCAUAACGGAGGGGAGAAGGAAUUCGAGAAGCGACGAAAAUCCAAAGAUCUUUGCCGUGAAGAGAUCGACAGAUGGAGGUGCAACGUGGUCUCCGUCGCAGUGGAUAGUGGACGACGGAAAGUCUCAAUUCAAGAGAUGCUCCUACAUAGGGACUAUUUUCGUAGACGACACAACUGCUACCAUCUUCCUGAUGUACGUGUUUUGUGAGUUCUGCCCUACGAGAUCACUGAUGUUGAUAAACAGUACGGAUGACGGCAUCACGUGGGGCCGACCGAGAAAUAUUACCAAUCAAGUAGGGAGACAUUAUAUCACACAUCCAAGUCCAGGGUAUGGCAUUCAGAAAAAGCAGGAGCCAGCUAAGGGAAGGCUGGUUGUGUGCGGACAUGGUUUCCAUGAUGGUAAAGGCUUGGUGCUGCUGCUGAGUGAUGACCACGGCGUGACGUGGAGACGGGGAGCCUUCGUACCGAGUGUGCCGUUCAUCCAACCUCCGAGGGGACACUUCGACCCAGAUGAAUGUCAGCCUGUAGAGUUACCUGACGGAUCUAUACACAUAGUCGUCCGGAAUCAGAUGAUCUACAAGUGCCACUGCAAGAUGGUCAUGCGCAGCUUCGACGGAGGAGAAACGCUACCGCGGAAGUACAUGUUCCUGGACAACUCUCUCGUCGAACCGAAGAUCACGUCAGGAGUGUGGUACCACAACGGGACCAUGUUCUACUCAGGACCGAAAACCAAGAUGAAACGAUCCAAACUGUACAUCAGAUGGAGUCACGACUAUGGCCACACCUGGACCCCAGGGACACAGAUAUGGGGAGACUUAGCAGGAUACUCCGCACUCAUGAUGCUCCCACGUGAUAACAGUCACCUCUACAUACUGUAUGAAAGAGGAACUGAGGCAUACUUUGAUGAAAUAGCUGUUACUAAACUGAAAAUAUCCACGGCUACCGGCCAUUAUGUCCCGUGAUAUUACUCUUUGUUAGCGUACUGCCGCUUGAAUGGCAAUAACAGUGGUUUCUAUCAUGUUUCUACUAAGGAAACAAGGACUCUCCCACUG